GUAGCUGGGACUAUAGCUGGGAGUCACCUUUGCCUGCCUUCUGCUUCUGCUUCGUGGGCUCUGCGACCGUAGCACCGACCAAGUGGGCACCAUGGCUGCUCUGAAAGAUCUCUGCGACGCCAUUGUGAUCGGGGCAGGCAUCCAGGGCUGCUUCACUGCAUACCACCUGGCCAGACACAGGAAGAAGGUCCUCCUGCUGGAGCAGUUCUUUCUACCGCACUCCCGAGGGAGCUCCCAUGGACAGAGCCGGAUAAUCCGAAAGGCGUACGCGGAAGACUUUUACACCCGGAUGAUGGAUGAAUGCUAUCGGAUAUGGGCCCAGCUGGAGCAGGAGGCUGGAACCCCACUGCACAGGCAGACUGGACUGCUGAUACUGGGGCUGAAGGAGAAUCCAGAAUUUAAGACAAUCCAGGCUACUCUGUCUAGGCAGAGCCUAGAACACCAGUAUCUCUCAUCUGAGGAAAUGAAGCAACGUUUCCCAAAUAUUCAGUUGUCCGUGGGAGAAGUGGGGAUCCUGGACAGGUCCGGAGGGGUUCUCUACGCAGACAAGGCCCUCAGAGCCCUACAGGACGCUGUGCGGCGGCUGGGAGGCGACGUGCGUGAUGGAGAAAAAGUGACGGAGAUAAAGCCAGGGCUGCCGGUCGUGGUGAAAACCGCCUCCAGGAGCUACCAAGCCAAGAGCCUGAUCAUCACGGCGGGUCCCUGGACCAACUGGCUCCUCCGUCCCCUCGGAAUCGAGCUACCUCUCCAGACCCUGCGGAUCAACGUGUGUUACUGGCGAGAGAAGGUUCCCGGGAGUUACAGUGCAUCCCAGGCCUUUCCGUGCUUCCUGGGCCUGGGCCAAGCCGCCCACCACAUCUACGGGCUGCCCGCGGGAGAGUACCCGGGGCUGAUGAAGGUCUGCUAUCACCACGGCAACCGUGCAGACCCUGAUGAGCGGGACUGCCCCGAGGCUCGCUCAGACAGCCAAGACGUCCAAGUCCUGUGCCGCUUUGUCAAAAAUCACUUACCUGGCCUGAAGCCAGAGCCUGCCGUCAUGGAGCACUGCAUGUACACGAACACCCCUGACAAGCACUUUAUUCUCGAUCGCCACCCGAAGUAUGACAACAUUGUCAUUGGUGCUGGAUUCUCUGGGCAUGGAUUCAAGCUGGCCCCUGUCGUGGGGAAGAUCCUGUAUGAAUUAAGCAUGAAACUAACGCCAUCUUAUGACUUGACACCUUUUCGAAUCAGCCGCUUCCCUGGCCUGGGCAAAGCUCAUCUUUGACCCCAGGCCAGCAGCCUCCCCUCUGUGCACCAGAGCCCCUGCUCAGAUGCAAGAAGUGGCCCUGCAACGUCAUCCUUUUCUGCCUCUCUUGAAUCCCCCAUAAACCCCGGAUGGUCGAGUAGACCUUCUUUCCCCGGCCAGCUCCCUAAUCCCAACUAGUUUUAUGCUUGCAAAAGGUCAAUCAGAUAUUCUACAAUCACAAAGUAGCAAGGACCUUUGGGAUGGAUGUUUCAAUAUGGAAGGGCACAAGGACUGGCUCAGGAGACCAAAGCAGUUGUUAAAAUUCUCUUCGCUGGGAUGUUUGAUGAACUUGAAAUGGAUUUGACUAAAUCUGCCCAAGAGAGGGGGAAUAAGAUGGUCUCUUAUAGGUCACUAUUGCCCUUGGAGUUCCUUUUUCCACAAUUAGAGCCACCCUCCAUCACAAAUGCCCAUAAAAUUUCUGGCUGAUCUUAGAUGCACAAUAAAAAUGUGUCAAAAGAGA